CAUGUGGAGGGAGAGAAUUGAUGGAAAACUUAUCUCAUCAAAAUAUCUAAAGUAUUGGAGCCGCCGUGUAUACAAUUUACAAAUCAUACUAUAAGCAGCUUUGGUCCUUUUCUUUGAAAUUUUAACUUAAAUAGAUAUAUUUAAUAUUCUUCAUUUUCACACGCUGCCUUUGCUAUCAUGUUGUUGAGUUUGUUUUGGCAAACUCAGUGGGGAUUCGAAAAGAUGACGCAUAUGCUAACCCAAAUUUGGAGAUGGCUGGUGCAGCCAGAAGUGUGGAGAUUUGUAGGCUUUGCCUCAGCUGUUGUUGGACUCGUCAGUUAUGCUCUAAGCUCUUCCUUCAACUAUCUCUUUGGAAGUUGGAAUCUCUUGAAGGUUUUUCUUUACUGCAUUUUCAGUUUCUUCAUCAGCCUCAUGAUUUUCUUUGCAAAAUUAUUACAACACUCCACAAGUCUUCGGUUCAAAGCUCAUACAGCAUUUCUUGUACUGGCAAUCACAUCUGCCUAUUCCUUUUUCUUCGACAAAAAGGUGAAUGGGAAACCAGAUCUAUAUAGCCUCAUUUCAUAUGCUGCCUUUGCUAUCAUGUCACUCAGCCUGUCAAGGCAAACUCAUUUUGGAUUCGAAAUCGAUCUUCUCUACUUCUUUCUUGGAUGUCUAAUUGUGCUACUCAUGAAGAUUAAAUUACAGUUAUUUUUUGUUGGAGCAGGUUUCAGCUAUUCCCUUAUUAUUCUCCGUUCUUCCUUUUCUUCAAUAGAUGCUGGAGCAAAUAAUCCGCACUCUGAUCUCCAAAAUGGAAAUUCGGUGGUUCUUUCUAUAGCUUCUCUACAACUCACCAGUACUGAUACUGCUAGUGCUACUAGCAGUGCCAAUAACAGUAGCAUCGGUUCACCACAAUUGGUGAUCACCGCUGAUAUUAGUAAUAUGAUGGAACAACUUCAGACAUUUGUAACGGAGCUUCGGCGUGAAAAUUCAAAUUUCAUUCAAAUGGUGUUGGAGUAUGUAAAAAAAUAUGUUGAGGAAUACUCUGAAUUGGUGGUAACCGAUACUAACUUCAUGAUGGAUGCGCUGAAGCCAGAAACCAUCAAAGGCCUUGAGGAAACAGCAAAGGUUAUGAUGAGCUCUGGAUUUGAGAAAGAUUUUUCAGAUGUCUACAUCGAUUGCCGUAGGGAAUGCUUAAAUGAGUGCCUAAUGCAUAGAUUAUUCGGGUUACAGAAGCUCAGCAUCGAGGACAUUCACAAUAUGCCAUGGAACGUCCUCGAAGCCCAAAUUGAGAAAUGGAUUAAAACUUUCAAUAUCACUCUGAAGAUACUCUUUCCUGGCGAGCGACGAAUCUGUGACCGCAUUUUUUUUGGAUCCUCAUCGGCAGCUGAUUUUUCCUUCGUGGAAAUCUGCAGGGAAUCCACCAUUCAGUUGCUGAGUUUUGCUCAAUCUGUCGCCUCUGGAAGCCAUUCCCCAGACCGUUUGUUUAAAAUGCUGGAGGUGUUGGAAACACUGCGUGACUUAAUUCCAGAAAUUGAAUCGUUCUUUUGUGAUGAAUACAGUGUGUCUCUAAGGAAUGAAGCAAACACCACACGGAAGAAAUUGGAAGAAGCAAUCAGAGACAUUUUCAUUCAAUUGGAGGAAUUUUACAGGCAAGAGCAUAGGUAUCUGGAGUCAUUGGAGAGCAAUUUAAAUGCCAGAUCCAAAUUCUACGAUGGCUCUUUUUCAGGGGAUAUUUUCUUGAUGAACAAUGGCACAUACAUAAUCCCAAUUGCAGAAGAUAAUGAAUUAGGAUCCCUUUUGGAGAAUGAUUGGAUCCGACAAUAUGCUUGGAAAGUUUUGCACUACAAUGGACAACAGAACAUGAGCACUAUCUCACCCGAAUUAACCCAUGAGGUGAAUGUGAAAGAUUCCGAAGCAUUCCCCUGCCAACCGCGAGUAAGACGCAGGAAAACAACUCAGAAUAUGAGAACAUUAGUGAUAUCUCCUACACAACAGUUUGGAAGCACAUAUCAAAUACUGUAUAAAAUGCUUAUACAUCAAGACGGGUUUACAUGGAAAUUAUACGGAACAAAAUUGGACUCAAGACGUCAUGGGUCGACCCUGGAAGAGGAGAUUGGCUUCAAAUAUCCUAGGAGUAUGUACAGGUGUUACCACAUGAAGCAACGUGCGUGUCGAGCCAAAAAGAGUAUCCAACAACUUGGUGACAAUCCAAACGUGUUUGAAAUAAUAUACUAUCAUGGACAUUCCUGCAACACUCCCUUAAUAAGACCAGCAUCACAAUCAGGCACACCAGCCGAAUCCAUAAACACUAUACAUGGAAAAGCUAGCUGGUCCUGCCGACGGUGGGUAUCAUCCUAUGAUGGAAAGCGUCGUAUGCUAUCUUCUUUCUGUCAUUAAAUCACAGGAGAUGAACGUUGUUAAUGGAGACGGAGCAUUUUCACUUUCAGCACAAACGGAGGGGACGAUGGAGCUGCUAGAGAGCAUGUUUACAUUGAUAUCUCAAAAAUAUGUGGAUCCUUUCUUGUGUCAUUUUUUCAAGAGGAAUAGCCAGAGGUAUUUGGAAAUGGCAACCCUUUGCAAUGUUUGGUUCCAAGAAAAGCUCAUGGGAUAAGGUUUACUAGGCCGGAGAACAUGCAGAGUUCAGUGCACAUGGUCUGUUCAUGACGAGAAGCUAAGGGGAGCAAUUGUUGCAUCUUUCAAAAACAUCUUGCUACCAGCAUAUGGAAUCUUCAUCGGGAAGUUUCAGCAUAUUGUUACGAGUAUAUUGAGUAUGGAAUGUUUGAGAUCCAUGAUGUAGUUUAUAAUUUGUGUCUAUUUUGUUUUGUUUUGUUUUAGCUAUGUUGGUUUGAGUCAUGUUGUCAAUAAUGUUCUCAUGUUAUUGUCACAAUUAAUGAUAAUUUUUAUUUGUCGUGCCAAUUAUCAAAUGAUAAUUUAUGAUC